AUGAAUGACUUAUCCUCUAUAUAUUCACAAGAAUUAGAAUUAACAGAACGGUCAGUGGUGAUUUCUUUGUUUAAUAACCUGUUGGCAUCGAAAAAUACCCAUCAACAGACUCUAGAUUGGAUUCAUGAAAGAUCUGAAAAAGAAUGGUUAGAUGACAUUUUCAUCAACUCAGUGCUCUAUCAUAACGUGGACAGAGUUAUAUGGGGACCGUUCUUCAUAUGUAUAUACAAGGAUCCAAAGACUGAUAAGUUCGGUUCACUGACGUUAGAUAGAUUUGGUAUCACCCAUAUUAAUUCCAUUGAUCUCUCCCGCAAAUCUGCUUACUACCCAGCAAUUGAGAACUUACAUGACAAUGAUAAGAACUCGAAUGUAAAAAAAUGCAUUGCUGUAUCAUUACUGCAAAAAUUCUCGAAUAUUUCGAUGCAGCACUUAAAGUACCUCACAGAAGAUAAAAUCAAUUAUGAUCCGGUACAUGCUGGUGAUUUGUCUAGUGGCUGUAAGUUGGUGACAUCAAUAAGUCCAGAAUUAUUUGGUAAAAGAUUGAUAUCAGCCGGUCUUCUAACAGGACGUCUCAUUAAUUCUACGCUGAUGGAUGUGAUUUACGAAAAUAAUGAAUCAACAAUUGACUCAAAUAACAGAUUAGUAUUCCAUUUAGGUGAACAAUUAGAGCAAUUAUUCGACCCUGUGACAGAGUAUUCACCAGAACAAACCGAGUAUGGCUAUAAACCACCAGAAGAUGACAAACCAACUGAAACAGAUAGCGAACUCGUUCAAGCAAUUUGUAAUGAGCUUCUACAACUACAAUCAAAUUUUACUUUCACACUAGUUGAAUUUUUACAAAAAGUGCUCAUAGCAUUGAGGGUUAAAGUCCUGAAUGGUGAAAUUGAUGCAUUAUCCACUGUAAAGUUAAAUCGCAUGUUUCCCCCCACAAUUGAUGAAGUUACAAGAAUAAAUUGUAUCUUCCUGGACUCACUGAAAUCUUCCAUGCCAUAUGGAUCACUAGAAGUCUUGAAGGCGUGUAGUAUAACAAUCCCUUACUUCUAUAAAGCUUACACACGUCAUGAAGCUGCUACUAAACUGUUUAGUAGAGAUAUCAAACAAUUUUUGAAGCAUUUUAGGAAUUCUAUACCAGAAUGUGAAGAAUAUAGUGAGAUGAAAUUGGAAGCAAUAAUUAAAGGCCCACAAGAAAAAUUGCUCAAAUUAAAACUUAUUAUCGAUAGGCUCUAUCAUUCCAAGGAAUGGGCUAACGAGGAAAAUAAGAUAAUUGGCAAGAAAAAUUACGAUAAUAUCAUAGAUGUAAUUGACUCUUUUGGCAGAUUGAAUGAGCCUGUCAGUUCUUACAGUACAAGAGUGUUCACUCCCUCAGGUAAGAUUUUGACAGAGCUAGCCAAAGGUUGGCCUGUAGAAUUACAAUACAAAUGGCUUAAAAGGCGUGUGGUUGGUGUGUAUGAUAUUAUUGACCAAACAUUUUCUAAUAAAAGAGCCCUUUUGGUUAUCUUUAGUGAUUACAUUGUAUUUUUAAGUAUCACUGAUUAUGAAUUAUACUAUACAGAUGAUGGUUCGAAUAAACCUUUGAUUUCUGAUAUUUUAAUGAACUCUCUGAUAAAUGAGGUUGCGUUGCCAUCUAAAAUACCGAAGUUAAAUGUUCAAAAUUAUUGCUACAUUGGAGAUGUUUUGGUUUCAAUAUUCGAUAAUGAUACAAUUAGAUUUGACGCUUUAAGACCAGAUGCUUUUUCCAUUUCAUGCAAGUUGGCCACAAUGAAAGAACCUAUUGAUGCGAAAAAAGUAGCAGCACUAGUGACCAAAGCCAAGAUUUUGGAAAAAGAUACAGCUUUUCAUUUAUUUAAAGCAUGCAGGGAUGACAUCAGUCUGUACUCAACAGCUCAUGAAUUAGAAGCAUACAAUAACGAAAAACUAAAAUCUAAAUUUGCUUUAUUUCUAAAUAUUAAGCCAGCCUCUCAAUUCUUAAGCCUUUACAACCUACACUUUGCUGUGUUUGCCAGUUUUGUGGGCACGGACGAUACGAAUAAAGUUAGGCUGAGUGUGAUAACCAGGAGUAAUAAAGAUACUGUGAAAACUUUAGAGAUUUUUCCUGAUAAUAUUGUUGAUUCUAUAAUUGGGCAGUUAUCAACCGAAUAUCCGCUGUGUUAUUCAUCAAUCCAAUCUUCAUUAAUUAAGGAGCUUUUUGCAGUUACUACCUAUUUAGCUAACAGCAUAGGAAAAGUAGGCGAGAAAGAGCACACCUUACGUGAAGCUGCUGCUAUAGUUAAAGACAGUAAUAAAUCAUCCAAAACUAAUACCCUCGUUAACUCAGACGCAGAAAAAAAGCAUUCAAAAGCCAAAGAUAUUGAUGCAAAAGCUAGUAAAAAGAUCAAAAAGAAAACAGAUAACUCCACACAAAAAAGAAUAUCAAAGAUACCAGAGAGUAAAAAUGUUAUGAACUUAAAGCCUCAAGAAGUUAAGAAAAAAAGCUUAAUUGAGAAACUAAAAUCCAUUUUCAAAUCAAAACGCAGGAGCAAAAAAGAUAUUAGUGGGCCGAUCGUUGUUAAUUCGAAAAGUUACAGUUCGAAAUCUUCCUUACCUCAUAAGAAAAACAACUCACCCUUACCUAUUAGUCCGAAUAAAAAUAUAUUGGCAAAUACUAGAAGUGAGAAAAAUUUGAAUGCGAAGAAUUCAAGUGGGAAAAAUCCUGGAGUGAAAAGCAAUGAUGACGCCGAAAAUUUGAGAAUCAGUUCUGUUGUCCGUGAUACAACAUACGAUGCAUCUGGCGCUAGAUUCCAAUAUACGCCUAGAAUAGGUGAUUUGUCAAAAGAAAAAACUGAGGACAUUGCUGAACCCCAUACGCCAGAUGAAUAUACACAGCUAUCACAAAUUCCAUCCCCUCACAUUGCUGAAAAACUAUUUCUUCCUAAAGAAUCCAAAAUUCAUGAGCCAGUUGAUGAAGUUAGUGAACAUGAGGAUAUUGCUGGGGAUAUAAGCGCUCUUACACAAUCCACUUCACAAGAAAACGUUGAAGUACUUUCGGCAGGACAAUCAGGUAAAGAAAAAGAUGUCAGUAAGAGAGCUCAUAAUCAAAGUCAAUUAUAUAACUCUGAUCUUUUUGAAGACUUUGUGCCUCCAGGAAAGGAAUGUGGGCAUAACAUUGAAAUUAAGCAAGCUUCUGAGGAGUUAUCUGAUGACAAUCUACCUACGGAGAAAUCUAGUACUCAAAACCAAUUGCACAACGUAGAGAAAAAUAAUGCUGUAACAUUAAAUUCAGGCGAAGAUAAUACUAAGGAAAAAAAGAAUGGGACUUUUCAUGCUGGGAAGCAAGAUCCUUUUGUUGAUAUAGCCAAUCCACCUAUUGUACAAGAAAAUAUAGGAGUUUUGCCCAAAAAAUUAAACAUUUUCCCCACAAUUCCAAAAUUAGCUCCAAUCAGUCGUAUGGAGUUUACCAGAUCACCAUCUUUGAUAGAGUUAUUUGAGGGAAUGAGAGUUGUGCUUGAUGAAACAGACGCUCACUACAACUGGAAACGUCUUUCCAGUGAGGUUUCUUUGAAUCAAAAAUAUAUAACCAACUCAGGAAAUACCCCAGAAAAUAAUAAUAAUUUCAGGAACUUUGCACAUGCUGCAGCCUUCAACUUAGCAAUCCCUAAAAAUGUAGAAACUAUUGUCAUUCCAGAUGAAAAGGCUGAGUUAGAAAGUUCGCAUUCGACGAAUGGUACGCUCAAGACUGGAGAUGACCACUCAAAAACUACUGUCCCUUCUGUAGAAGAGGUGAGUGAAGAGGCAGUUGGAAAGAGUCCACUAAAACAUGAGGAAAACCCGUCCCUCGCAGCAAAUGAUACUAAUAGAGAUAGGGCCUUGGAUAGCGAACGCAAAUUUAAAGUCAUCAACACUUCUCCCACAAGGUACUCAAAUAUUGGUAGUUCAGAGAAACAAUUAGCAAGUACGACCUCUGAGACAGAUUUUUCAAAAGCCAGCUUUGAAAAUCCUGAAGACCUUCAAUUAUCUAUUGCAAGAGACAUCUCGUCUCAGAAAUUGUCAGUAGAUACCACAACAAAGAUGGUGCCAGAUUUCUCUUUCCUUACUGAGAUGAAUAGAGAAGUGACGACCCGUUUAUUCGAAUUAAAUUUAGCUUCACAAGAAGACGUUAAUGACGAAGAGUACUACACACCUACGACCAAUGCACCCAAGGAGAAUAUGGCUGCAUCAACGUCAGACCAGGUUGAAACUGAAAAUGAAACUAGCAUUGGAUUAGAUGUGGCCACUGGGCUUGAAAAUGAUCUUGCAAAGAUAAGAGAAACCUCAGAGACACAUCCCGAGGGGGACAAGUCGCAAAAUGUGGCUACUGAAGAAUCGCAAAAUUUUUUAGAAGACUUAGAAUUCAGUUCAUUUGCCAUGACUUUCGAUAAUUCAUUAUUUAAUCAAUACAGUUCUGGUUUGCAAGAGGCUACGCUUACUCAUAAUAGUUAUGAAACAACGAAAAUUUUAGAUAACAUACCAGAGUUACCAGCAGAGAAGGAAGGACCCGUAGUAUACACACUAACUAAUGAUUUGUUCUCUAGUAAUGACAUUAGGAUAGGUAUAAAUCAAAAGGCAGGAUUUAUGGACAAUUCAAACGAUGCGGAAGAUCCAAUUUGGGUAUCGCCUAGCAAAUUAGACUUUGAUGAUAUAACCAGAACUCACGUAAGAACACUUGGGGAAAAUAUUAAGGAUCAUGCAAUAACUAGAAAAAACACGAAGCCAGAUCCUCCAUCGAAUAAGCUAGAUGACUCUGAAUUGAAGCAUGAUUUAUCUUAUGCAUUUCUGGCCAACCUUGUUCAAACUAGCGAGUUUGAUGAAAUUGAGGAAGAAAAUUACAAUGAUGAUAAGCCUACCAGGUUGCAGUUCAAGAGUUAG